AUGUUCCUGGCCACAUCGGUGUGGUUGUCUACGGAGGAGAGGACGAAGACAAGCCUUCAACUUAUUUCAAUCCCAGGGGAUGCCACGUACGGCAUGGAUGUCCUGGACAAAGAGGAGCCCGAUGGUAUGAAUGACGACCCACAACGAGCCCUUCAGACCUUGCGGAAAAUCGAAAAGUUCGCGAGAGACAGGGAAGUGAUAGUACUUCCAAGCCAUGGUCGUAAUACUCCGCGUCUCCUGGAUGAGAAACCCAUCUACCGACCGAGUUACGCCAGUUGA